UCCAGUGACAGGAGAGUUGGGGAUCUCUUUAUCUCUGAAGAAAACUCUGAAACAUCUGUGCAAUACGUGCAAGGAUUUUGACCCUAUUGAUUUUUAACAUUUUUAACGUGGGUUUCGGUCUAAUAUAUUUUGAAGACUUUAAAAAACGAAUUUUAAGAUAUGGCAGUUAAUCAACUAUUGAGGGUCCCAAUGUUUAUGUCAAGGACAGACCUAUUUUGUCGAUUUGGUGGAUUAAUGGGUACGAAAAAGUUUGCUUCUAGCAUUGUUAACGAUGGGAGUGCAAAAGACUUGCGGACAAAAAUUGUUGAUGACGUUUUAGUUGUUACUUUGGAUUUACAAAAUGCAAAAGUAAAUUCUCUAAAUGUAUCCAUGACCUCUGAGAUAAAAUCAAUUUUACAAGAGCUCGAAACAAAUAGCGCUAUCACUUCAGCAGUGGUAAUUUCUGGAAAACCAGGGUGCUUCAUUGCUGGAGCUGAUAUAAGCAUGCUUGAAAAGUGUAGGACCUUGGAAGAGGCUUCAAAUAUUUCGAAAGAAGGACAAGAUUUCUUUCAUCAAAUGGAAAAUAGCCGAAAACCCAUUGUGGCUGCUAUUAAUGGAGUAUGUCUCGGAGGAGGUUUUGAAUUAGCUAUGGCGUGUCAUUAUCGUAUAGCAACAACAUCAAGGACAACAAAACUCGGUACACCGGAAGUUUUAUUAGGUCUUCUUCCUGGUGCUGGCGGUACAGUUCGGCUUUCGGAACUUAGUAACGUGACAACAGCUUUAGAUUUGUGUCUCACAGGAAAACGUGUAUCACCGAACAGAGCGAAAAAAAUAGGAUUGGUAGAUUUGUUAGUUAAUACAUUAGGGCCAGGAUUAGCUCCAAAUGAAGAAAAUACCAUGCAAUAUUUGGAAAAAAUCGCAAUCCAAGUAGCAAAAGACAUUGCCAGUGAAAAAUUAAAGGUAAAUCGUGGAAGUAAAAGUUUGAUGGAUAAAGUUUUGAAGGCCUCUAUGGGUGUAGAUUUCAUCAGAAACAAUAUAUUCAAAACUGCCCAAAAGCAAGUUUUAAGGCUAUCAAACGGCCUUUAUCCCGCACCUUUAAAAAUAAUCGAUGUUAUUCGAACAGGUAUUGAAAAAGGAACUUCAGCUGGAUAUGAAGCUGAAAGCAAAGCAUUUGGAGAACUUGUUAUGACUCCGGAGUCAAAAGGCCUUAUUAGCCUAUUUCGUGGCCAAACUGAAUGUAGAAAGAACCGUUUUGGCCAUCCAAAAUCAGAAGUUAAAACUGUCGGGGUGUUAGGUGCUGGACUUAUGGGUGCUGGUAUUGCCCAAGUAUCAGUUAACAAUGGAUAUCAAGUUUUUAUUAAAGACACAUCCAUUAAAGGACUAGCACGGGGAGUGGAACAAAUCCAAAAAGGAUUAGACGCUCAAGUGAAGAGAAAAAGAAUUAGCGUCGUGGAAUGCAAUCAAAUAAUAUCAAAAUUAAAACCUACACUCGAUUAUAAAAAGUUUCAAAAUGCAGACAUAGUCAUAGAGGCCGUAUUUGAAGAUUUAAAAGUCAAGCAUGCAGUAAUUUCAGAAUUGGAGUCUAUAGUGCCUCCUCAUUGCAUAAUCGCAACCAACACAAGUGCCAUACCUAUCAAAAAUAUCGCUGAGGUCAGCUCAAGACCUGAAAAUUUGAUAGGCAUGCAUUACUUUUCACCUGUUGACAAAAUGCAAUUACUCGAAAUAAUUACUCAUCCGAAAACUUCUAAGGAAACUACAGCUAAAGCUGUGGCUGUAGGCCUUAAACAAGGAAAAGUAGUGAUUACAGUAAAUGACGGCCCUGGUUUUUAUACAACACGUAUUUUAUCAACUAUUUUGUAUGAAGGAAUCAGGCUUAUGCAGGAGGGCGUGGAACCAACUGAACUUGACAAUUUAACAAAACGAUUUGGUUUUCCAGUAGGCGCUGCUACAUUAUUUGAUGAGGUUGGAAUUGAUGUGGGUGCUCACAUUGCUUUCGAUUUGGCCAAAGCAUUCGGACAACGGUUUAGUGGAGGAAAUUUAAAUUUGUUGCAAGAUUUAGUUCUAGCGGGAUUUUUAGGUAGGAAAUCCGGGAAGGGCAUAUUUGUAUACGAUGGAACUCAAGGAAAGGGCAGUCGGCCUGUAAAUAUUGAUUUCCUUACCGUUGUAAAAGAGAAAUAUUCUCUUGUCUCAAAGGGAGCAAAUACAACAGAAGAUUUAACUAUACGAAUGGUGUCGCGUUUUGUGAAUGAAGCUGUUCUCUGCUUAGAAGAAGGAAUUUUGGAUAAUCCUUUAGAAGGUGAUAUUGGUGCUGUAUUUGGUUUAGGAUUUCCACCUUUCUCAGGAGGACCAUUCCGUUGGGUCGAUCAUUACACAGCAUCAAAAUUAGUAGAAAAAAUGAAGUCAUAUGCUGAUUUGUAUGGCAUCGCAUUUAAACCUGCACAAACCUUGGUGGAUAUGGCGAAAGAUUCUUCGAAGAAAUUCUAUCCAAACUAACUUGCUCAUAUGAAACCUUUACCACUGUAUGGAUUAUGUAGCAACAUCAUGUAGUAUCUAGAAUAAGCAAUUUUUUACUCAUUAAGUUAAAAAUAUAAUCGUAAAUAAAUCGUUAAAUAUACUCUAGUGAA